AUGGCCGCGAUUGACGUCUCGUCACAGAGGAGCGCUCUCCUGAACGACGCGAUCGUUCUUGAGCAUCUACCUACCGAAAUUAUUGAGGUCAUUAGAAAUCACACGGCCCCAAACCUCCUCGACGCCAUUGCGGAAGCGGCUCUCAUCCCCCAACUUACAGAUCGAAUUUUCAUUCACUUCGAGAAUGUGUUUCCCGACAUCUGCGCACGAUGGCUUCUCAACCCCAGGAACCAAACAAGAAAUGGAGCCGUCCUUUCAGCUAUCGCAAGGAUUCUGCCACUCGCUCCUUAUUUAUCGGAAUUUCUGCAACAGGUCAUGAGCGAAGAUCUGACCCAAUCACCGUCGCCAGGGCCGCAGACCCUGAGUAUCCGAUUUCCCGACCUCACUUCUUUCACUUCUACUCAGAGUUCCGACCUUCUUCAACUACUCCUUGCAGCAUGGAGACUGGUCUGUUUUGACCAGAGGACUUACGCUGUCCUUGUCUCACCCACUCAUAUGCAAGGACUCUUCACACAUGAAAGCCGCGCCGUCCGGUAUAUGGCGAUUCGGAUUUUUACACAGAUCCUCCGCGCAGCCGAUUCAAAAUUGGAGGCCCUCAUUGACGAGCAUGUCGGAACAAAAGAUGCCAUUGUCGCUGAAUUUGACGGGCGUGAGGUAGACUUUGGGUUCUUGAGUCUAUAUGAGGAUGCGCGUAUCAAGAAGACCGCAGCAAUCCGCGGCGAGCUUAGCGAUGCCCCCGAGAGCAAUCAAAUCCAACCAAUUCCACCCCAAAGUCUGACCCCAUUUGUUGCGUGCUACGGCAACGCAAUACUGCCGCGACCAUCCGGCCCGGUCAAGAAGAACUCCUCCCUCGUGCUGACAUCCACCACGACGCGCAAUCUGGAGACUCUGGCCGGUCUCCUGAAGAAUGCCAAUCCUAUUUUGAUGCAUGGUCUACCAGGCUCCGGCAAAACGUCUUUGGUCCACGAAGUUGCCAAGGAGUUCGGCAAGCAUUCAGAGAUGGUGACACUGCAUAUCAACGAACAGACAGACGCCAAGAUGCUCAUUGGCCUCUACUCGACAGACUCGAAACCUGGAACCUUUUCCUGGAGACCUGGUGUGCUGACGACUGCGGUAAGAGAAGGAAGAUGGGUUGUCAUUGAGGAUUUGGAUAGAGCACCGAACGAAGUCAUCAGCACGCUGCUACCCCUAAUCGAGCGUGGUGAGCUUCUUAUCCCCAGCAGAGGAGAGCGGAUCAAGGCUGCAAGUGGCUUCAGACUCUUCGGCACUGUCAGAACUUCUCGCGGCAUGCACGGUCGGGAGACCCUCCCUAACCUUCUCGGAUUGCGCUUCUGGCAGCUUGUUUCUGUACAGACUCCCAAUGAAGCCGAGCUGCAGGAAAUCAUCACUGGAUCACACCCAAUCCUUCACAAGUUUGCCCCUGGAAUACUCGCUGUGUACCGCCGAUUAUCCAAGCCCACCGGAAAUUUGCCCUAUUCACCAAGUCGUGGUAUGGCCGAUCGUCAAGCUAGUUUGCGAGACCUUCUACGAUGGUGCAGACGCCUCAGAGCAACACUUUCUGCCGCGGGUUGCAGCACUGGAGACGAGCCGAUCAGCGAAACCACCCGUGACUGGAUGUUCAUGGAAGCGAUCGACUGUUUUGUAGCGGGUAUUCCGGACGUCCAAGCCAAGAGGCAUCUUAUUUUCGCCAUUGCUGAGGAGAUGCACAUGGCCAAGGAGCGGGUCGAACACUUCCUUGAGGCCUAUAUACCGCAGCUGGAGCAGAACGACAGCCAGUUCAAGAUCGGCCGGACGACCCUGCGGAAACGCAAGGAUCGCGUGAAUAAGGCUGCUCUUGCCAAGAGACCGUUUGCGAGCACAACACACGCAAAGAAGUUGCUGGAGCAGGCCGCAGUUGCAGUAAACCUCGGCGAGCCGAUCUUGCUCGUUGGUGAGACUGGUAUUGGAAAGACUACAGUCAUCCAGCAGUUGGCUGACACUCUGGGUCAUAAGCUAGUCGCAAUCAACUUGUCCCAGCAAAGUGAGGCUGGCGAUCUUCUCGGAGGUUUCAAACCCGUGAACAUUCGAACCCUCGCUGUUCCUUUAAAGGAGGACUUCGAAGAUCUCUUCUCCGCCACAGGUAUCUCACAGACGAAGAACCAGCGGUAUCUCGAGCAAAUCGGAAAAGGCUUUGCCAAGGGCCAAUGGGCUAAGGUCGCGAAGUUGUGGCGCGAGGCUCCCAAAAUGUUCAAGACGAUUAUCGAGAAGCUGGCCAGCCGCGAGAGAGAAAACAGCGAAGCUGUCGAGGAGGCAACUCAGCCAACAAAACGUCGCAAGACGGAAUCCAAGCUUCAAACCCUUCUCGAAUUGAGUCCUAGGUGGGAUCAAUUCUCUCGGAAUCUCGAUCAAUUCGAGGUUCAGCUGUCUGGAGGCGCAAACGCAUUUGCUUUCUCGUUCAUUGAAGGCAACAUUGUCAAAGCAGCUCGCAAUGGUGACUGGGUUCUGCUGGAUGAAAUCAAUCUUGCUUCUCCUGAUACUUUGGAAAGUAUUGCCGAUCUUUUGACUGGACCUGUCGACACACCUUCCAUUCUGCUUUCUGAGACAGGUGAAAUCGAACGGAUCCAAGCACAUCCUAACUUUCGCAUCUUUGGUGCUAUGAAUCCGGCAACAGACGUGGGCAAGCGCGAUCUCCCAAUCGGCAUUCGGUCUCGAUUCACUGAGCUCUACGUCGAUAGUCCCGACAAGGAUGUCAAGGACUUGCUAACUAUAGUGAAGACGUACCUGAAGAGCAGUAGCACAAAGGACGAGCAGGCAGCUGACGAUAUCUCACGGCUGUAUCUUGAUACCAAGCUCCGCGCCGAGGAGAAACGCUUAGUCGAUGGAGCGAACGAAGUGCCGCACUUCAGUCUCCGCACGCUCACUCGCGUUCUAACUUACGUCAACUACAUUGCACCUUUCUACGGUCUUCGCCGAGCGUUGUAUGAGGGCUUUUCUAUGGGUUUCCUUACCCUGCUUGACCGAGACUCAGAAAAGUUGCUCACGCCUCUGAUUGAUCACCGACUCUUCGGCCGAAUUUCGAAUCCCCAGUCGUUGCUCUCGCAGCCCCCGAAACAGCCCGACGAUGGCAAGCAGUACGUGCGCUUCCGCAACAAGGCAAAGGAUCGUCAUUACUGGCUGGCCCAAGGGGAGAUGACUCCUGUAGAGCGAUCGGACUACAUCAUCACCAACUACGUGGAAAGAAAUCUACUGAACCUUGUCCGAGCAACCUCUACCAGGCGGUUCCCAAUUCUAAUCCAAGGUCCGACGUCAGCAGGAAAGACUAGUAUGAUUGAGUACUUGGCAAACUUCACUGGCAAUAAGUUUGUGCGUAUCAACAACCACGAGCACACCGAUCUCCAAGAGUACUUGGGCACCUAUGUGUCGGAUUCUUCGGGGCGGCUCCGCUUCCAAGAAGGUCUGCUUGUCCAAGCCAUGCGACAGGGUCAUUGGAUCGUGCUCGACGAGUUGAACCUUGCCCCCACAGAUGUUCUCGAGGCCCUGAACAGACUCCUCGACGACAACCGAGAACUUCUUAUCCCAGAGACCCAAGAAGUUGUGCAGCCGCACGAGAACUUCAUGCUGUUUGCCACACAGAACCCCCCAGGCUUGUAUGGUGGUCGAAAGGUGCUCUCGCGUGCCUUCCGCAACCGUUUCUUGGAGUUGCACUUUGACGACAUCCCCGAGGAUGAGUUGGAGUAUAUCCUGCAAAAACGAAGCGUGAACACGGCCCCUUCGGACUGCAAACGUAUCGUCUCUGUGUACAAGGAACUUUCCCGCCUCCGGCAGACAAGCCGUUUAUUCGAACAAAAAGAUAGUUUCGCUACCCUGCGUGAUCUUUUCCGAUGGGCUCUGCGAGACGCCGAGACUCGCGAGCAGAUCGCAGUCAAUGGUUUCAUGCUCCUGGCCGAGCGAGUUCGUGUCGAAGAAGAACGUACAGCAGUCAGGGAAGUCAUUGAGAGCGUUUUCAAAGUAAAGAUCGACCCAGAGGUGCUUUACACCGCCAAGCACUCUCCUAUCCUAGAAAGGAUUCAGGCUAUGCCCAAUAAUCACGGCGUCGUCUGGACCCGUGCGAUGCGUCGUUUGUACGUCCUGGUCGACACCGCUAUUCGCAACAACGAGCCUGUCCUUCUUGUGGGUGAGACCGGAUGCGGCAAGACCACCGUCUGCCAGAUUCUUGCAGAGGUGCUCGGAAAGGAACUACACAUUGUCAAUGCCCACCAAAAUACCGAAACUGGAGAUCUUAUCGGUUCUCAAAGACCCGUAAGAAACCGUGGCGCAAUCGCUGACUCGUUGAAGACUGAGUUGACCUCCGUUCACACUCUCCUUGGCGAGGAUUCAACAGGUCCUCUGGACGAGCUGCUUGAUAGAUACCGCGGCCUGUCGCCUGAGGUGCUGGCCAAGGUCGGUGCUGAUACUCAGGAGAAGAUCGCAACCUUACAGACCAAGAGCAAGGCCUUGUUUGAAUGGUCCGACGGAAGCCUUGUCCACGCCAUGAAGUCCGGGCAAUUCUUCUUGCUAGACGAAAUAUCGCUGGCUGACGACUCUGUUUUGGAGCGUUUGAACUCGGUGCUCGAGCCUGGACGAUCUCUCCUCUUGGCCGAAAAGGGUAUCGACAACUCCUUCGUCGUGGGUGCGGAUGGUUUCCAGUUCUUUGCCACCAUGAAUCCUGGGGGCGACUUUGGUAAGAAAGAACUGUCACCAGCGUUGAGAAACCGUUUCACCGAGAUUUGGGUGCCAGCCAUGUCCGAAACCGACGACAUGCUAGACAUUGUUCUUUCCAAGCUUGACCCCGUCUUCAAGUCCUUUGGAACCCCUGUGGUACAGUUCGCGCAUUGGUUUGGGCAGACUUUCAGAUCUUCAUCGUCCACGGCAUUCUCUAUUCGUGACAUCCUCAUCUGGGUCAACUUCAUCAACCUCUGUGGCCCUGCCGCGCCUCAAUUCGCAGUGGUUCACGGUGCUGCCACUGUCUUUAUCGAUAGUCUGGGUGCCAAUCCGUCGGCUCUGCUGGCUAUGGACCCUAAAGCACUCGACUCUCAAAGGCAGAAAUGUCUCGACAAACUCAGUGAGCUGCUUGGCUAUGACACGACAGCCAUCUAUCGAGCGCAGCCAAAGGUUGCGGUAACCGAGGAACGCUUGUCUGUUGGCGAUUUCAGUUUACCCAGAGAAGCCAGCCGCAAGUCUGAUCCAAGCUUUGCCUUCAACGCUCCGACCACGAGACUGAACGCCAUGAGAGUGAUGCGGUCGCUCCAGAUGCGGAAGCCCAUCUUGUUGGAAGGAAGUCCAGGUGUCGGCAAGACUACCCUCGUUGCUGCCCUGGCUCGUGUAUGCGGCCGUCCUCUUACAAGAAUCAACUUGUCUGACCAGACUGAUCUCAUGGAUCUUUUUGGUACAGAUAUGCCAGUCGAAGGCGCCGAGGCGGGUAACUUUGCUUGGCGUGAUGCCCCUUUCCUUCAAGCCAUGCAGAACGGCGAGUGGGUGCUUCUUGACGAAAUGAACUUGGCCUCUCAGUCUGUCUUGGAAGGUCUCAAUGCCUGUCUCGAUCACCGUGGCGAGGUGUACAUCUCGGAAUUGGAUCAAGUUUUCAAGCGGCAUCCCGAUUUUCGUCUGUUCGCUGCCCAGAACCCUCACCACCAAGGAGGUGGUCGUAAGGGUCUCCCAAGCUCUUUCGUAAACAGAUUUAUUGUCGUCUAUGCCGACACCUUCACAGCAGAAGACCUUCUUCUCAUUGCCCAGCACAACUUCCCCGGCAUCUCUGAAGACAUUCUCAGCAGAGUAAUCCAGUUCAUCUCUCGUCUGGAUCACCAAGUCGCCAUUGAAAAGGCUUUCGGUGCCAACGGAAGCCCCUGGGAAUUCAACUUGCGAGAUAUCCUUCGAUGGCUGCAUCUCGUGGCCACCUCUGACCCUCUCCUAGCAACUGGCAAGCCUGAUGACUUCCUUGACCUCAUUAUUCGACAACGUUUCCGCUCCGCUUCAGAUCGCGAGGAAGUGAACAAGCUUUUUGCUCAAGUUUUCUCCAGAAUACCGGAUGGCCACAGCUUGUACCAUGACACAAACGCCGGCUUCUGUCAAGUUGGACAUGCCCUGCUUCCUAGGAACCAGACUUUGCAGCCUGUGCCGCUACCUGGCAUUGAUAUCGUACCCCGACUUCCAGAGAUUGAAUCGCUCAUGAUUUGCAUCAAGCAAGACAUUCCAUGCAUUCUCAGCGGCCCCUCAGGUAGUGGCAAGUCCGUCUUGCUGGAGCACGUUGCCGCUCUUGUGGGCAAGCCGCUCGUCGUCUUUCCGCUUAAUGCCGAUAUCGACACGAUGGACCUCGUUGGUGGUUUCGAGCAGUCGGAUCCUCUUCGCGAAGUAAAUGCUGCAUUGCGCGAACUUCACGAAGGCCUGCAGAGCACCAUCUUGAUUCGUGUCCCAGGUCAGGUACCGCCACCGGCUCUUGCUUUGUUGCAUCUCUUAGAGUCUUAUCGUGGCGAUACUGCUUCUCUUUCAGCCAUCACUGCUUCUGUCAAGGAAGUACUGGGUGAAGUGCCCCACGAGUCCGAUAUUGGCGCACUUCUGUCAAAUGUUUAUGAUAUCCUUCAGCGACCACUGGUUGUCAGCAAUCCCCGUUUCGAAUGGUUGGACGGUGUCAUUGUCAAGGCUCUCGAAACCGGCCAAUGGCUGGUUUUAGACAAUGCAAACCUGUGUAAUGCUUCCGUCUUGGACAGACUCAAUUCCCUGCUCGAGCCCAACGGUUUCUUGAGCAUCAACGAGCAUUGCGGGCCCAAUGGAGAGCCGCGCAUCAUUAAGCCGCACAAGGACUUCCGGAUUUUCCUCGCAGUCGACCCACGGUACGGUGAACUGUCUCGGGCCAUGAGAAAUAGAGCUGUGGAGAUCCACCUCAGCGAGCGAACGGUACAAGACCGCCCACCCCAGAUCUCCCACGUUCAUAUCGAGAGCAGCCUUGAGAGAUUUUCGUCAUCGAGAGAGAUCUCCACGGCGGUGCUCAGCCAAAACAAUGAAUCAGAUGUCGCAGGCGCCACGCUUGAAAAUUUGUCACUCCAGGACACGGCACUCAUGGAAAGAUUCGCUUCUUCAAUCAGCCAGGGACUCGUAGAUCUUUCGCCAUCGUCGCUUGAGAAAUACCAAGACAGCCUGAAGCAACAACUUACGUACUUGGAAGCAACAGAGACGAACAGUCUUCGACACGCAGUAUCUCAACUCUACUCUGAGGUCCCUCAUUCCGAGUCCAGCCUACGACACGCACAGCCCCUUAACCCGCUUCACAAUGCGCCAAUGGUACGAAUUUUGCACGGCCAUAAUGGCGACUUGGCCUUCUGGCUGUCAGUCUGCUAUGGGUUCCUGUUGGAGAUCCAGCGCUGCCAGGCCAUCAUCACAUCACAGGUCAAUAAAGCGAAGGCGGCCAAACUCGCCUCUCUGAAUCGUCUACAGCGCUCCAUCGUGUCAGAUCGCAUCGCUAUCAGGGACUCCACUGUCAAGGUUGCGAAGUUUCUUUCAAAAGUUCUGCAAGCGAUGAGGGUAUUCAUCCAAACCAACCUCAAUACAUCUCAGAGCUGGAAAGAAAGCACCCAAAUUCUUCGAAAGAUGCUUGACUUCUGGUGGCGAACCAUUCAACUUACAACCGACUCGGCAGCCACCUUCGAGGAAGCCCGAUUCCAAGCCCAUCUCCUGCACGGAGUCGAGUCUAUCCAAAAUUUGCUCUCGCCAACGACGGCUGAUCUCAACAAACAGCUUGCUGGCCUCUAUAUCCAGACCUUGGAAGACGACUUCAAGACUGGUUUUCAGCUUACCACCGGAUUGAGCAUGGAAAUCAUGUGGAAGCGUUUCAAGCCGCUCCCAGUGAUGAGCGCUGAGACCCUGAGCAGGAGUCAAGAGAUUGAGCGAUUGGGUAUUCGUCUCGACGAACUCAAGUGGAGAGUGAAGGCAAAGGUUUCCGAUCUCGCCAACGCAAUGAACACCCUUGUUAGGGCAGAUAGCAUUGUGAGACAGAGCGGAUUUGACACCACCGAGCUCAUCAGUGACCUUACGAAAGAAAUCGAGCUUCUCGAGACCAAGCUCGGCUCGGAGUCCAGCGAAGUCAAGCCUUUCUUUGCUUCAGAGUUCGAAAGCCUCAGACAAGCAUCCGUUCUUCAGUCCCAGGCUUCCGGCCACCCGCAGACUACUGCAAGCGAUUCUGACCUGGUGGUUCUGUCAAACCAACAAACAAUCGACCAGAUCCGUUUGGGCAGCUUCGGCGAAGAGGCCAAGCCAUUGACCGUUGGCCUUCUGGCUUCCGAGGAUGCCAAUACACAUGUUUGGAACGGCAAGUUCUCCAUGUCGCUUUUAUCUAAACUCGAUUCACUGCGGAAUACCAGCUUGCGCUCUCUGGGCCUUCUUGAGACCGAACUCCCUGCUCUUGGACGUUCUGUCGCCUCUUUGGUGCCUGCUCUACAAAAGAGUCAGAUAACUGCCCUCAACCGAGCCCUUGAGCCGCUUAUCACAGCCAUCUUUUCUCUCCAUGGUCAGUCUCAGGAAAGCUUCUUGAAUGUCGUCUACGAAAGAAUUGCUCGGGAGCUACGAGCCGAUUCCGACGAAAACACUCCGCUUAUCCAGCGAUUGCAGAGUCUGGUUUCUCAGGUUAACAUCAUGCUUCCCGGAGGAUGGCCAGCGCAUUUUGAUCAAGUCGCCAAGGAGCAUUUGAUUCCAGCGACGGUCGCACUCGCAUUAUCGCAGCAUAGCCGCUCAAAUGCGCGCUGUGUGGCUGCUUGGUCUGCGGUCGCUUGGGUUGAGUUCGCCAUCGGUGCCAUCAAACUUUACGUGCCUGACAAGUCUUUCGACCCUCAGCUGCAGCCACAGUUCGAGAAGGAUGUCCAUGAUCAGUUGACAAAAGAACUUCAACACAAACUCUCGUCCCUCCUGGACUUCGAAUCCCUCUUCACCGGUCAGGACACAUCUCCCCGCAUUCAAUUGGCACGGGAAGACAUUGAGGCACUUGGCCCAGCACCAGCUCCGACCCAGCUUCUCUAUAGACCCUCUCGGUCGGAACUGAACCAAGUUCAGACAGACUUCAACAAUGUUUUGAAGAUGGUUCUUGGUCCGGACCUUUCAAAGGUUCAUAUGGACUUUGCUUUGUCAGGCUCUGCCGAAGCGAAGCAAGAUAUUGAGCUCCUCAAGCAAAACUUGGCCCUGAUGACUGAUCGCUUGGCAAACCGUUUCAAUGCCUACCAGGACAUGACACGACCUCUCGUCAACAUUCUCGGCUGCCUCAAGCUUGGAUUGUCACUGAGCGAUGGCCUUGAAUCUAUCCAGACUCAUGCCUCGGAGACAACUCUCAUGGAUCUCACACCCUUCCUUGGCGGCAAACCUGCACACCAUGAGAUUUCCAAGUUCCCCAACAAGACGCUGGAGUUCCUAGACUAUGUCGGACUGAUUGUUUCGGUCGAGGGUCUGCAAAAUCUCAACGCUACUCUCCGCGAAGCUUUGUUUGAAUGUGUACACGGAUUCUUUUCAGAGUGGACUAAGAAGCUCGAAGCAGACCGUAAAGCUGAGGAGGCUAGAACGAGCCUCUACACGUUCAAGGGAAGCUACGAAGAUGAGGAAGAAAUGAACGAAGAGGAGUUCAACGAGCUUUUCCCCUCCUUUGACAACGAGCAGGAAGAGAAGCCGUCAGUCGGACGCCAGAAGGUCCGAGAUGUGUCUGUCAGACUUGCGGAAUCGCACCGCAAGGUUUUCCUGGAGCCAGCCGUCGCUUCUGAUGCCAUUCAAGAGGUCUGCAAAUCUGUGGGCAAGGGGGCCGCUGCCGACGUGUUGCAAAAGGCUGCGGUGCACCAAGAGCUCAAUACGAUGGUUCUUCCGCUGGCUCUCUGGUCGCUCGACGAACAAAUGAAAGCCCUUAGCACAAGCACUGUUGGCUCUGACUACAACUUUUAUACAGAGGCCAACAUUCCCGAGGCCCGUCGUCUCGUUGCACUCGUUGACAAGGUGGAAGCUCGCUUCCGAGAGUUGCAGCAGAUUGACGAAAUUGCCCAUAUGCAGCCAUUGGCGGACGUGCUGGCAGCUUGUGAACAGCUGCUUCAACUUACGCACACGGAGCCUUUGGCCAAGAUACUUCCUAAGCUGGAGCAUUUGCACGGCAUCGUCUACGAGUGGCAGCAUGGAGGCUAUGCUCCUAGCAUCUACGGUGCGCCGGCACUGUACACCUCUUUGACGGACACAAUCAUCAGCUGGAGACGGUUGGAGCUUUCUACUUGGGCGAAGCUCUUCGAUAUGGAAGCCCAGAAGUGCUCCAAUGAUGCCGAUUCCUGGUUUUUCGUUGCCUACCAGGUCGUCAUCGCAGUCCCGCUGUCCCUUGUGGACUCUCCCGAUCUCAAGGAAUACGGUGUCAGUCUCUUCAAGGAGCUCGAGAACUAUUUCUCCACCGCAAUCAUCGGUCAAUUCUCCGCCCGCUUGAGACUGCUCAGACAAUUGCAGAAGCACCUCGAGCUUCUCGCCGUCGAUUACCCUACUCUGUCUGUUAUCCGAGAUGCGGCUCAGAAUUUCAUCGACUUUUACUCCCGCUUUGAGAGGGUUGCGAACGAAACAAUGGCCAAGAACAGGGCUCCUAUUGAAAAGAAAAUGAAGGAAGUCGUGCUUCUGGCUAGCUGGAAGGACACCAACAUCAAUGCCCUGCGUGAGAGCGCUCGGAGAUCUCACCAAAAGCUCUUCAGAAUCGUCCGCAAGUUCCGCGGCGUGCUUGGCCAGCCUAUGAAACCAAUUCUGGACCAAGGCCUUCCUGAGGAGGAAGUCGCUCGCAGCAUUAGCUCAGAUUCAGCAGAAAAGGUUGAAGUCCAGUCAAACUCAGCCGCGGUCUCCGCCGUCAACAAGGGAUUCCAUGGUUGGCUGGCCCAGCAUAAGCGUCUGUCGAAUGCUUCCAAGACGCUGUCCAUCAUGGCUAGUGUUACGACGAAAGCCAAUAAAGACAAGUUGGACGCCAGCCAGGAAGUCGACUCCUACGUCGAAAGCCUUCGCUCAUCCAUUGAGGAGUUGCGCAAGGAAACCCCUGGCACUUUGACCGAGGAAAACAAAGACCAGGUGAAGCAUCUCAAGACCCGAAAGCGCAACCUCUUCGCGGACGUUUUGAAGGCCCUCAGGCAGAUGGGCUUCAGACAUAACCUUGGAACGGAGGAGUUAGCCAAGCAGAACUCUGUUGCUAUUAUACUUGCAAGCCUGCCUGCGUCCGAUAUCCUUCAGACAUACUCCAACGAUGCUGCCGAGUACUACUUCCAUAAGGUUGUCGAUAUUGCGCCUCAAGUCAGACUUGCUGCCCAUGAACAUCACAGCGAACUCACCGGUGCUGAGGUUACCCGAAGCACUGGCUUCAUGGAGGGCAUGAUGACAGUCGUUCUAAGCCAGCAUAGCACUCUUACAACGGCGCGCAAGUCAAUUUCCUCGCUAGACCACGCCAUCACCUCGAUCCAGGCUCUCAGUAAGAGUUCUGAUCUUAAGCAUGCCAAUGCUGAUGAUUCUGCGUACAGAAUCAGCGUGAAAUGGUGGAUGCCUAUCGUCGAGUUUGGCAUCAAGGUUGUCGAGAUUCACGGCAAGCUAGCGUCCAUCGAUAACCAAAACACCCUGAACAUCCUCAAGGGGUAUCUGGAGAUGGCCGAGGGACUGUCAAAGUCUCUGCAAAAUACAGCAUCGAUCCCGGAGAAGUUUGUACCCCAUGGGCAGGACUCCUUGCAGGACCAAGUUAUGGUCGCCAUUCAAACUAUCAACACGUCAUUGACAUUUGGAGAUAUGCACAAUACUGACCUCAACUUCGUCCUGGACCAAGUGAGGGUUUGGUUCAACAUCGAUCAAGCUCAAAGCCACACCAGCAACGCCAAUUUCGACAGGACCGCCAACCUGUUUAAGGAUUCAGUGUCCAGCCUUUGCGAUGCUGUUCUCGUCGCUGUUCAAGAGUACAAGAAGGCCAUUGCUGACCUGCCCAAGUCAUCUGAUGAUGCUGGCUGGCUGGCCAAGACUAGCACUGUCCGCAACGCUAGUCUCACUGCACUGCACAUCAACGCUGUCGUGGACAAGAUCAACGCAUGUCUGUCUGCCUUGGAGAGCGUUGAUCUCGAAGACACUGCGAUGGGGGCCGCUGCUUCAUCCCUCCUUGCAAUCAUUCUGCCGAUCGUUCAACAAUACGCCCUCACAGCCCACAAGAGCUUUGCCGAGCUUUACAACCUGCAUGCCGCGACAGGAAACUUGACAUACCAGCUUUCUCGCACAUUCUCACAGCUUGCUACUAAGGGCUUCUGCACACCCCAAGAGAAGUCUGACGAGCAGUCUGGAGAUUCUGGCAAACUCGAGUCUGGAACGGGACUGGGAGAUGGUGAAGGAGCGGACGACAUCAGCAAGGACAUCCAGCCCGACGAAGAUCUCACAGAGCUCGCUCAAGAACCAAACAAGGAGCAAAGUGGAGAGAUGGAGGAUGAAAAGGACGCUGUUGAUAUGGCAGAUGAGGAGCUCGAGGGAGAAAUGGGUAGUGUCAAUGGCGAGGACGAGGAAGACAAGGAUGAUGGGGACGAGAAAGAUGGCGAGGAAAACGAAAUGGACGAAGAGGUUGGCGACGUUGACGACCUGGACCCCACGGCUGUCGAUGAGAAAAUGUGGGAUGGCGAGAACGAAGAGGAAGCCGAGAAGGACCAGCAGGGCGAAAAGGCCAAGGGUCAGAAGAAGAAGGAUGAGCAGAUGGCUGCCGACAAUGAUGCCAAGGCCGACGAGAAUGAAGCUGAAGAUGAUGAUCAAGAAAUGGAACAGGGAGAUGAGGAGGCGGAGGAUGAGGCUGGUCCCGAACAGGAAGACGUCAAGUUCGAGGAGGAGAUCAAGCAGGACCAGAACGUAGAGCAGAAUGAUGCUCUAAACAUGCCCGAGGAGAUGGACUUUGACUUUGACGAGGAAGGGGAAGAUGAUGAAGGGUCAGAGGACGAUGAACUGGAUAAGCUGUCAGAUAUCGAGAAGGAGGAGCCUCAGCAACAACAGCAGGAGGACAACGUUGAGGAUGGGGAAGAGGAGACACAGCGACCCGAUGAGAAGGGGCCGGAAGAAGAAGAAGAGGAAGCAGAAGAGCCUGAAGAAGAGGACCUUGCGGGAGAGCCAGAGCCUGACAUGGAGCCCAAGGCUGAAGAGGAAGACGACCAAAAGGAGCCUGAACAGCAAGAUCCUCAUUCGAAUCAACCUCGCGACAAUUCGAACGCUGAUGCGAAUGCCGCUCCUAGCGACUUGAAGGGUGGCGGCGAGGAACAAGACGCCGACCAAAUGGACGUCGAGAACGACUUCAGCGAGAAUGCGGCCCAGAGAGACGAAGGAGAUGCCGGCGACGGUGCUGCUGAGCAAAAGGCUAGCGCAGGCAAGAAGGGAGCCCUCUCCCGGUCCGAUGAACAGGCGCAGCCGACCGAGAAGGAUCAAGACGACGCAGCUGAAAACCGGCAAGAUCCUUUCAAGAAGCUUGGCGAUGCUCUUGAGCGUUGGCACAGACAACAGAGCGACAUUAAGGAUCCUGAGAAGCAAGAUGAUGGCGAGCAGAAGCAGUCUCAAGAUGUCGACGCAGACCUCGGCGCUAGCGAAUUCCAACAUCUCCAGGAUGAUGAGACCGCCGCUGAUGCACAAGCCAUGGGUGCUGCAUCUGAAGACCAGGUGCAGCCCAUAGACGAGAACAUGGCCAUCGAUGAAGAGAAGAAAGAUCCGACGAGCCGUGUGAUGCCCGAGACGGAAGACGUUGAUAUGGAGCAAGAUCCUGACAAAAUGGACACGACGGAGGCCCCGGAGGCUCAAGACAAGGAGGGUGGCGCCGACAACGACGACGGCCGCUCUGGUGUCAAGACAAGGCAGGGCGCCUUCGACCGUGAGAUCUCUCCCGAAGACGACGAAGUUGAGAGGAUGGACGAUGAGGAGGAUGAGGAGGAGCAAGUCAUUGAGAAGACCUCGGAGCAGCUCUCGACAACCCACCUCAGCGAUGAGCGCCCUCUCCGGGACUUCUCUGAAUCUCUCCAGUCAUGGACGGUCUUCCAAACCAAAACUCACCCGCUGUCCCUCUCCCUCACCUCUCAGCUCCGUCUCAUCCUCACACCCUCGCAAUCAACCAAGCUGUCUGGCUCCUACCGCACCGGCAAGCGCCUCAACAUCAAGAAGAUCAUUCCCUACAUCGCUUCCAGCUACAAGCGAGACAAGAUCUGGAUGCGCCGUGCCAUUCCGACUAAGCGCUCCUACCAGAUUCUUCUCUGCGUUGACGACAGUAAGAGUAUGGGAGAGACCAGCUCCGGAAACCUAGCACUCGAAUCCCUCGUUAUGGUCUCGCGCGCUCUCACCAUGCUCGAGGUUGGCCAGGUCGGCAUCCUCGGCUUCGGCGCCGACACUUUCAUGGCGCACGACUUCACUCAGCCCUUCGCCUCGCACGAUGCCGGCGCCAAGGUGCUGCAGCACUUCUCCUUCAACCAGGACCGAACCGAUAUCCAGCUGCUCGUGCGCAACACGAUCGACCACUUCCGCACGGCGCGAAUGCAGAAUCCGGCCCGCGGUGCCGAGGAUCUCUGGCAGCUUGCCUUGAUCCUGUCUGACGGUCUGACCCCCUCCAACCAGCACGAUGGCAUCCGUCGACUGCUGCGUGAGGCCAUGGAGGAGCGUAUCAUGGUUGUCUUUAUCGUCAUGGACGAUAUAGGUAAGAAGAAGGGAGAUAGUGUGCUGGAUCUUAAGGAAGCAAAGUUCGUCAAGGACGAGAGCGGCAACAGCCGCGUUGUCAUUGAGAGGUAUCUGGAUACUUUCCCGUUCCAGUACUACCUUAUUGUUCAUAAUUUGGAGGACUUGCCAAGCGCCCUUGCAGGACUGCUGAGGACUUGGUUCGCCGAGGUCAACUCGUAA